AAGAAAAAUUAACAUUUACACGACCAUAAACGUCAUAACGAAUCAAUCCUUCGGCUACUAAAAAGGUGACAACUUUAUUUUUUAAUAGGCGCAAAUGUAGACAAUUAUUGUUUAUAAGAAUACUAACGGGCUUUGAAAUGGACCGAAAUAGGCCCAAGAGGGGUUUAAAUGAAGAUAAACCCUAAGCUGAACAAACCUUCUUUCCUCAUGUGCGUCGGCUUCGCUUCUGGAAGAUUCUGAAAAUCACCGAUUUCGAUGGCGACUCGGCUCAAGGAGAUUGUGAAGAAGUACGGAAAAGUCGCGCUUGGAGUCCAUUUCUCGGUCUCCGGCGUCUCAAUUAGUGGAUUCUACAUCGCGAUCAAGAACAACGUCGAUGUCGAAUCGCUCUUGGAGAAAUACCAAAUCCCAUGGUUCUCCAGCAAGGAAAACCCUAACCCUAGCCUCGAUUUAAAGCUGGAAGAGCAAGGUUCCGUUACGAGCGAUAACAAGACGAAACAGCUUGCGAAAUCGGCCGGCGGAGCCCUAGCGUUGGCGGUUUUGUGCAAUAAGGCGCUUUUUCCGAUCAGAGUUCCGAUCACGAUGGCGUUGACUCCUCCAAUCGCUAGAUUCCUCAGGCAGAGGAAGAUCCUCAAAACCGGCCAAUGACUAUUUCUCUCCACAUUUUCACAUUUGGGGUCUUGUCUAUGUUUUCUCACCAUCUGUAUUGGUUCCAUGCGUUUUUGUUUGUUCGUAAUUUCGAAUGUAAUGCUUCUUAAUAGGAAGAGAAUGAGAUAUUGUGUUAGAGGUAUUUCAGACUAUAGUGUUGAUCAUCUCUCCUUAUAAUAAGGUCUGAAUUUAGAAUUUACCAAUAUUGAAAUGGACUUUACAUUAUCUAUCAUUCUCCAUGAUUUCUUCACAAGAUGUCUCUG